UUACACAGGUAUGGCAACCAUUAUUACUGUCAAACAAUAAUUUGGUUGUCAUUGUCUACAAUUUGCAUUUCAUCGCUUUUGCUUGCAAUAUUAAUUUUCGUAUAAAAAUCUUCUAAAAUGUAUUCCCACAAUGACUUUAUACAAACAGAAUUAUGGAAAGGUGGACCUGUGCCUGGACAGUUUUAUAAUUUUCCUGGCACCGGCCAAACUAACAAUGCCGGCAAUAUCACAGCACCUGGUUUAUUUGGGUCCAAUCGUUCAUCAUCACCAAUUACCACUGGUACGUCGGUAAUUGGAGUUAAGUUUGAUGGUGGUGUAAUGAUUGCUGCGGAUAAUCUCGUAUCGUAUGGCUCAUUGGCACGUUACCAAGAUGUGCAGCGUGUUUUCAAAAUAAAUGAAAAAUCUAUCAUUGGUGCUGGUGGUGAUUUCGCAGAUUUUCAAAGCCUAAAAAGAAGUAUAGACCAGAAAAUGGUGGAAGACAUGUGCUAUCAAGAUGACAUUGAAAUGCAGCCUAAAUCGUUGUACAACUGGUUAACACGCAUACUCUACAAUCGUCGUAGUCGCAUCAAUCCAUUGUGGCUAGAGAUGGUUGUUGGUGGCAUGCAAGAUGGUCAGCCUUUUUUGGGUCAUGUAGAUCUACGUGGACGAGCCUACGAAGACGAUGUAGUAGCUACCGGUUUUGGUAAACAUUUCGCUUUGCCAUUAGUGCGUGAGCAAAUCUCUAAUAAUCGUUUACUGACACAAAGUGAAGCUUCACAAGUGCUGCGUAAAUGCAUGGAAGUUCUGUACUAUCGUGAUUGUCGUGCGAUAUCGAAAUAUUCAGUAGCAGUUUCCACCGCUCAAGGCACAAUUGUUCAAGGACCCUUCGAAGUAAAUCAAAACUGGCAAUUGGCUACUUUGGUUAAGGGCUAUUAAUUUCAAAUAAAUGCAUAAAUUAAAUAAAAAAUAUUUUUAAAAAUUUUGUCUUUAUGUAAUAGUAAUAAAGGUUUGGAAUUUACCUAA